AUGUCAGAUGUCAAUUUGAAAUUAAUCUCAUUUGUCACAGGACACUCAAAUUUGGAGUCUCUACAAAUGCUGGACAGGCUGAUAAUCUUAAUCUCGUUUGCUCCUUUAAGAAAGAGAGUGUCCCAGCAAAUCCUGCAUUCACUUAUUUGGCUGGCUUACUUGUUGGCUGAUUGGGCGGCUGCCUUCACCAUCGGGCUCAUCCAGUAUAAAGGCUGCAAUGAUGGUGAGAAAGUUACCAAGGACACAUUGUUCUCAUUCUGGGCCCCGUUCUUAGUCGUGCACCUUGGUGGGCCUGACACGAUUACUGCCUUAACCAUGGAGGACAACGAGCUGUGGCGUCAUCACCUCCUGCAAUUUGUUGCUCAGUCUGUUGCUACCUGUAAUAUAUUGUACCACAACCCCCCACCAGAUCCUCUGCUGUGGCUGCCAACAGCUCUUAUUUUCUCUGGACACGUUUCGUCGUUCCAUCCUCAGGGAUCCAGAUCCAGGGCCCAAUUAUGCCAGAAGUAUGGCCUGAAGGUAAAAGAUGGCUUCAGCACAAGGAUAGAGACUGUUUUAGAGCCUGAAUUUAAGCACGAUCACUGUAAUUCUGAGGUUAGGCAAAAGAGUGGACUACAAGGUGUUCAGGUGGUGAAAAAAGCCUACCGUCUCUACCAGAGGUUCAAAGGUUUGAUUGUUGAUUUCGAAUACAGCUUCCGGGAGCGCCACAAGAGCUUACAUUAUUUUCUCAGCUUGGAAGAAGAUGAUGCCUUCAGGGUAGUAGAGAUAGAGCUCAACUUCCUCUACGAUGCCUUUUAUACCAAGGCGAGCAUUUUACAUCAACGUACUGCGUAUUGUUUACGUUGCUGCUGCCUCAGUUUUGGCUUAAUAUCUUUUGGAUUCUUCUUCUUUUGGGAUAAGUUUCGCGACAGGUCAAAGAAAUCGCACAUUAAACCUCGAGAUGUCAACAUUUCCUACACCUUACUUGGUGGUGUAGUUGCCUUGGACUUCAUUUCAGUUCUGGUACUGAUCUUCUCUAAUUGGACUGUUGCCUACCUGGUAAAGGAUUACAAAAAAACCAAGAGAAUUAGUUUUUCGGACGCUAUCACACACAAGGUGCUCACUUUCAGGAGUAGGUACUUGUCCGCCUUCCCUGAGGCGCCUCGAGUUUCACAGUUCAUUUUCCGUCCUUGGUCCAACUCUAUCUGUAGGUUCAGCCUAUUGGAAUACUAUCUCAACAUUCGGGGCUCGAAGACCAACAAGCUCCUUGACAUUUUGGGCCUUAGGAUGUUAUUUGAUGAUUAUAAGUAUGUUGAUACAUAUGCGCUGAAGCAGAACAUGAAGAAACUAAUCUUCCAGGAACUCAAAAAAAAGUCCGAAAACAUUGAUGAACCGAAGAUGGCCAAGUACCUCUGCCGUGUCCGUGGGGACUGGGUUCUUAAUUCUUAUGCUACAGAUACGUCAGUCUAUAGCAAAGAGGUGUUGGAACUCAAUAAUUGGAUUAAGGAGGUUGAUUAUGGUGAAAGUUUGCUCUUAUGGCAUAUAGCUACUGAGAUCUGCUACAGUAUGGACAGGUUUCGGUACAGUGCAGACCGUGUCAUGAGCAAGGUACUUUCAGAUUACAUGGUGUACCUGCUGGUGAUGAAGCCGAUGAUGAUGUCCAAUGUGGCAGGGAUUAGUGACCUCAGGCUUAAAGACACAGAGGCUGAGGCGUUAAGGUACAUUCAGGGCAUCAAAGAUAAGAACGAGGUCAGUAGCCCGCUCCCUCCACUGGACUUGUUGUGCCGAAGCAUGAUGAGUAUACCGGUAGUUGAUAAUGUCAAACCAAGAGAUGUGAAGGGGAGGAGCAAGUCGGUGUUGUUCGAGGCAUGUCGAUUGGCAAAGAAGCUAAUGACAUUUUCUGAACAGGUGAAUAAGUGGGAGUUGAUGAGUAGGGUUUGGGUGGAAUUGCUUUGCCAUGCUGCUUCCCAGUGUAGGCCAACCAACCAUGUUCAGCAGGUAAGUAAAGGCGGAGAGCUUAUUUCUGUGGUUUGGUUAUUGAUGACACAUCUUGGAUUAGGGGAAAAAAUCUACCUCGAAGCUAGACCCACAAAGCCCGUGCUCAUCGUAGAUGAGUAAAUCACUACAUAUCUAUCUUGGCCGGAAAUAAAGGUGGGGGUCCAAGAUUUGAACCUCAAACCCGAAACUAACCACUAUUUCCCAAUAUUUAAAAAGUAUAAUAAGGUUGAUUAAGUAUUCAUAAAAAUAGAAACAGGGCAAGGCCUCCAUACGGCCCCCCCUUUUUUUUUUUUUUUUUCCGGAUUUUGGUGCACACAUCCAGUUGCAAUGUACUCCAACCUAAUCUUUUGAAGGUUCGAUCUUUGUCAAGUCUUUCCAUGCUAUGAUUUGUUGUAUCCUGACAUUGAUACAACUAUGUUUGAAAAGCAUCUGAUAACACAACUUAAAUUGAUAUCCUUUUUUUCUUUACGAUUUAUUAUUUGAAAUUUACGCUAAUUACAUUUA